UCGGCUCAGUCUCCGUACAGCACAGUGUAGUGUCGCAGUCUUGCCGGGCGGUCGCGUGUGGUGUGCAUGGUUUAGCGUCGUCUCAGUCGUUCAAGUGCAUCGAGAUGAUUCCGCUCAGAGGGUUCGUGGUUCUGAUUUUUUGUGUGAACGGCCUUUACGGCCUGCAUUUGGUGGACAGUGCGAGUUUGGCCAAUAACAGUUUGCAGAAGCAGGACCAGGAGGCCAAUAGUGUCGUGCCUCAGGAGGACCCGGAUAAGGCCAACUUGUCGAGCGAUGUCGUCAAGCAGAUUAUGUGGAAGCGGUGUACCAGCAAAGGGUACAUGACUUGCAUCAAGCUGGCGCUCGUUCACUUUGUAGAGAAAUUAGGAACAACCGAUAGUUACCAAAUUCUGCCAGAUGUCUCCAUACAGAGGCAUAAUGUCUCCGAAUCCCGAGCUGACAAAGCGAAGCCAGGUGAUCUAGAGCAUUUAGAUGAAUACUUGGCUUCCAAGCUGAGCCAGUAUUUAGGAUCUCUAUCGCUUAGUAUUAGAGUGUUAGACAAGAGUACUUUAGACGGCAUGCGGAGGUUUGGUGAAGUUGCAUUCAGCGGUCGGGAAAUGCGAGAGCCGUACUUCGAUUACUUUACAGAUUCGGAGCAGCCUUUGCCCGUGAAGAGCACGGACGAAAAAGGGGGUAAAAAGAACAAGUACAACUACCCUCUGAUGAUGGCCGGCGUGGUCUCUGGAGGAACCCUCCUCGUCCUGGGUAUGAAGACGAUCGCGGCGCUGGCCGGGAAAGCCCUGAUCGCGUCCAUGCUGUCCCUCCUGCUCACCGGGCUGUCCCUGUUCAAGGGUCACGGCGGCGGCGGCGGGCACGCCGAGCACAAGUCCACCACCUACGAGAUCAUCACCAAGCCGGUCGUCACUCACGCCCACUCGACGGACGUCCACCACGAGGCCCAGGGCCCUGAAGGCGGCUACGCCUACAGGCGGAGCAUGGAGCUCGACCACGUCCUCAAGCCUCUUCGCGAGUCCACCGACAACGUCGAACACGUCAUUUACCGUAUCCACGCCCCGGAACGCACGCCCGUCUACAUCCCCAUCGACCCUGCCAGUGGGAAGAAGCGCCGGUAGGACCCAUCGUCAUCCGAGUCCCUGAGGAGACCGCAGUCAUGUCAGGAAAUUUCCCAGCCCGACCUAACACUGCCGAGCCGCACGGAAGAAAAAUGAAAUUGCUUAUUUAACAAUUUUGUAGUUUAAAGAAAGUGCCCGACAGUUUCAAUGUAGGUUUGGUGGUUGAAUUUGCUCUCCGCUAUUGUAAAAUGUACAUUUGAAAUAUGUCGAACAUAUUUUUUAACAAUUUAAUUGUUAAAUCAGCAAUCUAUUUUUUCCGUGUUCGAAAGAACGCCGUAUGAGCAUUCCAAUGUUCCCAAAUUUCUUUAGAUAACAUAUCGAUUUUUUGGGAAAGUUAUCGCUAUUUCCUUUAUAGCUUCAAAUGCACGGAUAAAAAGAAUGUCAGUGUGUGAUCCCUAGAAUUUACUAGAUUUCUGAUGGUUUUUAUCACGCGACCUGUAAAAGUAACCAACGGCCCAACCCCGGCCCAACGGCGCAUUAUUGAAACUUUAAGUCUUGAACAAGCAUUAUCUCUGAAUCCUCGUUUAACUAAUGAGGAUUUGACGAGGAACCACCUGAUAUUUAGCUAAAUUGUUAUAUUCUCUGUUCCACUUUAAUAUCAACAAAAAAACCCUGGAUAAUUUGACGCAGUCUUUUCAGGGACUUCCAAAAGGCGCAUAUGAAAUUUCAACAAGAAGAAAAGGGAUGUGAGUUUGCCAAGACUGAUGACUAAAAGAACUAAAAUAAGGGGUUAGAGACAAGUUUACAUGGGACAAGCCAGUUAUUUCGAUCAAAUUAAAAAAAUAUGCUCAUCAAAGCUUCGUCCCAACUUCACAACUUAUCUCGUUUCUCAGGUUACAUUACUGCUAAAAGAAGUACAUAAUAAUCCGUUUCCAUUAAAGUAAGUCGAGUCAAAUGAAAAUACGACUGUGUGGCAAUUAAAGUAAUUCAGGGUCAAUUAGAGUCAAAUGAAUUGAAAUUUAGUCAAUUUUACUCAAAAGUAGAGUCAAAGUAGACUCAAUCUUAUAUGAACCGAGUUUAUCAGAAAAGCACCAACCCACAUCAGGUUGAAACUGAGAAAUAGAGGUUUGAAGUUCUACUCCUCAAUAAUUGCAAUGUAGAAUGUAACAUGGUUUAAUCCCUCUUAUCACAAACUAAUAUUUUUUUCGACUUUGAGUUUUUGGCAGGAGAUAAUAUGUAGGACUAGAGGAACUCAAAAACGUUCUUAAAUCAAUUUUUUCGUAAAUGUGGGUUGGUUCGUUUUAGAUGAACUCGGUCCAUAUUAGACAUGGGAGCAGGAAAUUAAUAUCAUUGACAGCUUGUACGGUCUCGCACGCUCAUGAAGAAAGUAAAAGAGGUUGGUGCCGCCGAUCGAAAAUCAUUACUUCCUCCAAUUUAUGGCGGCAUAAUUCAUGCGCUCGAUGCUAAUGCAGUCUGCUGAAUCACAAAAGAUAACGGGGCCCCAGCAUCGUCUAUUCAUAACUCCUAUUCAUUUAAAGCAUUCCACUGUAUUUGCGCGUACAAGCCUAUUGACCUUGUUAAGCGCCAAGUCUCCUUGCCGCGUCACAGCGGAACGUCCGUCACCUUCCGUGGAUUUCCUACGGCGGAAAAUAGAUUUUAGUGGAAGCAUGGCAACGUAGAGUCGAUCAUAAAAGCUGGAUCAGUAAUGAUGAGUCAAGUCGAAAUUUGGUCGGGGGCACGCCUCGAGUUUUUUCAAAGUUUUGCCGAUCGGAACUCAUUGUGAGAGGCAAUGGAAUUGGAGAAGGGCUUUUAUUUUGAGGUCGGAAGUUGUGGCUGAGUUCAAUCAGCCGUGAGUGGCGAAAAUCAGAAAAGAGUGAUGACUAGCCAACGGUGAGAAAUGGAGUGUAUGAGCGCAACUUUCGGCAAAAUUGUCUAUUGAAUUGGCUAUAAAGUAGGUGGGCAUUUUUUUUUCUGAACGAGGUGGAAAAAAUGCAAAUAAUAUGCCCGAAUUUGAUACCCGGCCCCCUUUGAAUGCAUACAAAUCGGAUUUCUUCAUUGUAUAUAGGGUUUGAACUCUCAUAACUUUAAUAGUACACUUUGACGUUAUUUAACGCCAGUUUUGGCGCAGAUCUGUGAGACUGGUAUCUCCAAUUUGAGAAUAACUUAGGUAAAACCCGAAAGUUUCCAUUCUGGGAGCACUCUUCCCUAACCUUCCUGUUGAAAUGUUCAGUUCAUGCGGGCCAAUAUAAUGAGCUUCUAAACGUUCUCAACUUCUUUUACCAGCUGCGCCAUGAGGCUCAUUUAAAAGCUCAAGGUGCUAAGACUGUGGUUUUUUUUAUUAUUUAUUCUAAUUUUAAUUUUAUUAAUAUUGUAAGAACUAUUUACUGUCUAUUACUUGUCAUAAUUAUCACGUUCUGGAGAUAUACCAGCUCGUGUGAAAGAAUGAGAAGGUGUUUGAUCCAUAUCUCUUGAAACAAACCCACCGAAAUUCACUGUCAUGUGUAUGCUACCUACGUCAUUACUUCCCAAGGCAUCCAGUUAAACAAAUAUGAAUAAAGAAACGACACUCUUAACAUAAAAUCGAUGCUUUAAGUUGAUUGAGAGUCUAUACAUCAUGCUGUGUUUUGUCAAAUUUUGACCAUGUAAUGUGUACCUGUAUUCUUAUUCGCGGGUAUUUAUUUAAUUAUUCAUUUAUUUAUUUAUUCGUUCAUUCAGGAAAUAACUAAUUUAAUUAUUCUCUCAUUACUCCAUUCGCUUUGCCAAAAUUACGAAAGCCAGUCUUAUGUAAAAAGCGUAAAUAAAUAUCUCUAUGAUCUAAGUAGUAUCUAGUCUAAGUAGGAGAAUUGUGUAUCUAUUAGUAUGUUAAUCAUAAUUAUUUUUUACGUAGGCUUUUCGGAAUUUCGAAAUGGCGGCAACAUGUAUACAUCCCUCGAUUGAAUACAUUUAUUGUAAAUGGUAUUUUCACCUGAGAUAAGCAGCAAGUUAGUUGUACAAAGAGCGACAAAAAUAAAGUUGAGUUGUAUCUUCAAAAUUUAAUUUCUUGCAAACGAGUAUAGGAAAAGCUCGUUAUUUUAUGCCAGAAGUUUUGAAACUAUUAAUUGAUUUAAAAAGUCAUUUUCUCCUCUAAAAAUUGACCCUGUACGAUAUUCUCAUUCUACAACUGACAACACGAUUUUUGCUCAAAGAGAUACUACAUAGUACUAUGAUUUGGUAGCAUAUAUUUUUUUCGAAAUUGUUGAUUUAUGUUAUUUCAAACGUUAUAUUUGCAAAACAAAUAAGGAUAAGCUUUUUUGCGAAUAAUAUCUCAAACUCAUUUUACUCUUACUUAAGUAUACUCGUAUUUAACAUGUACUUGUGCGAUUUCAUAAAUUACCUACCACACUAUUGAAUCUACUAAUUCACUAACUUAAUUUAUUGAUGUAAGAAUAAGUGAAUUUAAUUAUUUAAUUUAUUGCUUUAUAUUUAAUUUAUUUAUUUAUUUGAAGAAAUUGUAAAUUU